CUGGGAUUUAAUGUAGAUGUACAUAGUAUUUGUCUGUUCAUUUUCUUUCUUUAUUAAGCUAAAACAUUGGACGUUUGUGAUGGGAGUGAAGUUUCAGAUACCAAUAUUUAUAUUGACUUUGGAGAAAUUGAAUAUCAAUGCAGCUGCUCAAUUUCGCCUAAUUUUAGUGGACAAUCGUUUUAUGUUUUGGCCAAGAGCCCAGGCUAUGUGAACUGUGGGACAGCAGUAAACGUUAUAGACAGUGAAAAUGAUAGGUACAAACUGCCGUGUGCUACAUCUCACAAUACUGUGGUUCUUACAAACCGCUCUAGUUUGGUUGAAUUAGGACGAGACGGUAUUGCCGAUAGACCCACAGAAUACUGCCUACGUGUGUUUACAAACGAUAUAUCAAAUAUUAUAACUGCAACCUGCGGAAGUCUCAUGUCCACGGAAAUGAUUAUACAGAAAAAUACAUCAGUAGGUUUGACAAAAACUAUAGCUGACGAUACAACUCCGUCUACACCAGAAGAUGCGGAGCAAACUACUUUUAAAAAUAUAGGGAAAACCCGGACUAGCACUGGCAGCUUAGAAGCUGAUACAUCUCAAACAGUAGUUGUCAUGGUGAAGAACGAAAAAAAUACUUUUCCAAAAUGGGAAAUUAUAGGCGCAGCAGUUGGGGUCAGUCUUAUGGUAUUUUUAAUAAUAAUAUUAUUGAUGAUGAGGAAUCGAAAAAGAAAUGUCAAGAGUAAUAUUCCUUACAUGAGAGAAUCAGUAGGAAUACAGAAUCAAGUACUAGAAAAGAGGGAUAAAAACGUACGCGAACUAACAGAAAACCCCCUAUACCAACCGGCUUACGACUUUGAGAAGUCCCAAUCUUCAAAAACAGUGACCUCAGAGGGAAAGAAAACUCAAAAUCAAGUGAAAGAUAUGCCAUUAGAUGAGGUUGAAUAUGGAUUAAGAGAAAACCCGUUAUAUCAGUCAGCUGAUGAUGAAAUUAAUGAAACAGAAAAAUACACAACAAUUGAAUCACACGCAAAUUAUUCAUUUUAUUCCGAAAUUGAUGGAAACUCGGAGAAAACGCGAGCAAACAUUGUUACCUAUGAUUAUGCUGAUACAUAUUCCUUAGCCAAAUCUACCGAUGAUUAAGAUGUCCCUAAAUACAUGUGUAUAUGGUAGAUUUAUGCAGUUUUUUUUUAUUUCCGGACAAUUUACAAUGAUCAAAUAAAAAAAUCAAUCAAUGCAAUCACAGCACAUGCAUAUUUUACACAGAAGGCAUCUGAUAUCGAUGUUGCAGAUAAUGUUAUUUGUUUUAAGCCUUUCAUGAUCAAUGUAUUCAAAGGCAAGUGUAAUAAUUCUGCAUGGAAUGAGUGAAAAAAAAUUACCGAAAAUACCCAUAGGAUGAUAUAAAAUAUAAUUGAUUGAUUUAUGUUGUACAUUAUGUAUGGUGAUUUCGGAAAAAGGGGCUUCCAAAAAUCUGUCAAAAUUUCAAUAAAAACCUUUUGCACUUCG